AUGCCGUCAAUGCACGAACGGAUCCGCGAGGAUCUCUACAACAAAGAACGCGCGCUCUGGACCGCCCUCACAUCUGCCGAUCCAGCACCGGCAAUCUUCAAACUCAGUAACCCGGAAGCAAACUUCAUGUUCCCUCGACGAGAGAUCCUCACAUUCGAUGACCAAGAAGAGUUCGCCAGGAUGGUGCGCCCGCCCUUCCACCGAUUCGACGGAUACCAGUUCGAGCAAGUCAGAGUAAUCAUCGUCGAUCUUAUGGCUGGCGUGGUGACUGGCAAGGUCCGCGCGAUCAGAGGGAAGAAGGAAUAUAUUGCGUCGUUCUCAACGACUUGGAGUCAGGGUUCCGAUGGAGAAUGGACGCUCGCGGCUCAUCAAGAAACAUUGCUGUGA